GUGUCAGGUUAUUAAGAGCAGUUUUAUCUCUGGACUCUUGCUCUACACUGAUACUUCUUAUCCCUGGACAGCCCGUGGUCCCGCUAGCCCCCGAAACGUGCUUUUUUUUUCUGGCAGUCGGUUAGACGAGUUUGAAUGUGAUUGUGUUCAGGCAGUGAAGUCGGCGUGCCGCGGUCUUGUCUGGUUUGAAAGCGUCGCGGCUGUGUAUGUAAGCAGGAGGCGCGGUGAUGUGGAGAGGUGAGUAACAGGUAGCUAAAGCAUGGAUGCUGUUCUGAGCAGACUGAAGGGUUUAACUCCAGAUGAGCUCCGCAAGGAGAUCCUCGGCAUGGGGAUGAAUUGCGGGCCUAUCACCGCUACCACUCGAUCCAUUUUUGAAAGGAAGCUGGCCCGAGCCAUACAGGAAAGCCAGGGAGGGGAAGUUGAGUCAGUCCCUGGAAACUGCCAAUCCGCCCCGACCGUCAUCAUCACCACCGCCACUCCCACAGACCCUGCCUGCUCCAGCACACAGCCACCGGCGCCUAAUGACGAGGGAGACUUUGGCUAUGGUGUAGGGCUGAACCCCCCUGAGGAAGAGGCCUUGCUGCACCAGGGAGCGUGUCCUGACAGUCUUGGGGGAGACAGUUCACAGGCAGCUGCUCAGACCCCUUCGACAGGACCACCGGCAUCCCCACCGCUCUACUAUGGAGUCUGCCCAGUGUGGGAUGAUAUACUGUCAAGAAAUGACAGGGUCCAUGUUUAUGCUGAUAAGAAAGAAGCUCUGCAGGCAGUGAAGUUAAUGAAAGGCUCCCGAUUCAAAGCGUUCCCCAACAGAGAAGAUGCUGAAAAGUUUGCCAAAGGCAUCUGUGAUUACUACCCCUCUCCCAGCAAGUCCUCCUUCUGCGUAUCUCCAGUGAAAGUGGGCAUGGUGUUCAGCAAAGACGGCAUGGCUUCCCUGGAGGCAGAAAUCAUGAACCGAGAGAAAGCCAACAGCUUUAAAAGCCCUCGAACGCAAGAUCUCACUGCCAAGCUCAGGAAAGCAGUGGAGAAAGGCGACGAGACCACCUUCAAUGAGCUUGUGUGGAGCAAUCCUCGCUAUCUCAUUGGCUCUGGAGAUAACCCAACAGUUGUGCAGGAAGGGUGCCGUUAUAAUGUCAUGCAUGUUGCUGCCAAGGAGAAUCAGCCAGCUAUCUGCCAACUCCUGCUGGACACCCUGGAGAAUCCAGACUUCAUGCGUCUCAUGUACCCUGACGAUAGUGAAGUCAUGCUGCACAAACGCAUCUGUUACAUUGUGGACCUGUACCUCAAUACGCCAGACAAAGUGUUAUUUGAAACCCCUCUUCAUUUUGCUUGUAAGUUCGGCAAUCCGGAGGUGGUGAAUGUUCUGUGCUCACACCCAGGUAUUGAGAAGCACAGCAUGAACAAGUAUGACCAGGUUCCAGCUGAUGUGAUUUGUGAAAGAAGCAAAAAUAAAUCGCGAGAACUUAUACAGAAGAUCAGAGAUUAUUUGGAAGAUCGCUGGUACAUACCGUUACUAAGAGCUACAGACAACUCUUCCCCAGCUGUGAUUGGUGCUCCCUGGUCACCUGACCCAUCGGAUACCACUUCCCAUUCAUUCCUCUCCAGACUCGCAUGCAGUCCUAAAGAUCCUGUCAUGACCGUGAGAGCUUUUGCUGGGCCACUCUGCCCCUCAAAGGCAGAUGAGUUCCGCAGAGUGUGGAAGACUCCUCCCCGCGACAGGGCUGGACACUAUCACCACGUCAGGAAGUCUGAUGCAGAGCGAGGCGCUGAACGAGUCGGCAGGGAUUUGGCUCAUGAAAUGGGACAUCCAUGGGCUGAAUACUGGGAGUUUAUUGGCUGUUUCAUUGAUCUGGCUUCCGCUGAAGGGCUUCGAAAACUAGAGGAGCAUCUGAGCAAGAAAGACUUAAGUGAAAGGAUCCAGCGGGAAGCAGGGGAAAACGAAACCAGCAAUAGGUUCAAAAGCCCAUCUCCUUCUGGCAAAUCUAAAAAAAUCUGCAAUUCCAUCUCGGUGGGUGCUUUUCUAGAAGACGAUGACGACAUGAGUUUAGAGGAAAUCAAAAACCGACAGAAUGCUGCCUUAACAAACAUCACAGCAGUCUGCGGGAAAGACGGCAGCAUUGGGGCGGCUGGAGGUUUGGAGUGCCACAUCCUUCCGAUCACACACAGCAUCGAUCUUAUUGAAACUGCAGCCGAGCAGAGCAGGCAUCGACCCGAGAAAGCCACAGUCCCCUUAAACAAGAACGGCUUUUACUCUCCUGUAAGCAAUGAGAAAACGCCCAACGCAGAUCGGCAAUCCCAGAGCUCUGCAGACGGCCUCCUCUCGCCGGUCUCAAACUUAAUGAUAGAGUUUGAGAAGCUGUCGCUGGAGAGCAAGGAAAGCGAGCAGGGACAGUCAGGAAAGAAGAGCAGAGGGAGACAUGAAGACAACGAGGACCCAUGCACGUCGCUGACCACAGAGAUAGGCCACUUAGGUUUUCUUGAGAAUGAAGGAAACGUCUUUGGGAAGGCGAGGGACACCUGUGAGAGCGAGGUGGAGGCGGAGGUUGAAGCGGAGGACAAAUCUAGCACAAGCUCAGAAGAGUGGUUCUCGACAGAGGAAACUUUAGAAGGGAUAAACAAAAGGACAGCAAGCACAGCUGCCUCUGAACUGGGGGGCUGUGCAAGACCUCAAUCUUGGGACCAAGGGGGGAAAGACUUAAGCAGUUCUAGUUCGAGCAGUUCCUCUUAUAAAUCUCUUGAUAACUUGCAAGAUGAGUUUAUAUUGAGGACUCCGCCAAAAUUAAAAAACAAAGGCCUUUUCAUUGCUGGGGACGAACCAUCGAAGUUGGACAGUGAUGUUCUGGUAGCGGUCGGAGGUGUUGAGAUCGACCCACAGAAAUACCCAACGAUUCACAAGUGGAAGCACACAGUUCUGUCCUACUCUUCCUCUGAUAUGCAAAGCUGGCCGAGCCCCGCGGUACUGAAAGGGAGGCCUGGACCUCAGAUGUUCUGUUCAGGCUCGCCGGGUGGCAGCAGCGUAUUCUCCUCUCCUAACAGGUACAGCCCUGGGAAACACAGCAGCUCCUCCCCGGGUUUCGGAGCAGACUUGGGGAGUCCGGGACGCUACAGCCCGGCACACGCCAGCCACGUCCAGCUGCUGAGACUGAAGCACUUCAGCGAGCCAAGCAACUAGAGGGAGAGGGGGGACGACACACUGGGGCGUUGAUUACUCAAUAACAUCUAUCAGACCAUGUAGUUUACAAGAUGUGCACAACAGUGUGUGUGAGGGAGAGGGAGGGGGCAACACACUGGGGCAUUGAUUACUGAAUAAUAUCUAUCAGAACAGGUAGUUUACAAGAUGUGCACAACAGUGACGUGUUUAUAUAACAGUGGAAAGGUUUCUUACUACCCUCCAUCCAAGCUGUUUAAGCUGUAAGUAUAAAAAUGACAAUAGGAGCCAUUUAUUUUGUAUGAAUGAGUGUUAGCCUAAAAAAAAAAAAAAAAAAAAACACGUGAAAGAAAGGCCCAUUGUGCACUAGCACACUUGUAAUCUUUUCCAGCACUCUGUCCUGAUUUAACAUAAUGUAUUGUCACUCACCGUGGCUGCCAUGGCCACAAGGUAAAGUAGUCAUUAAUAAAAGCCAAAAGAGCACCUCUGUAAAAUGUGUAUGAAAAGGAAUACUGUUUUACUGUUUGUGUGUGUUUUGUUUUUUAUAUGUAGCUAUAAAGACUAUUUCCCUUUCUAUAUUAGCACAAAACAACUUGAUGUCUGUGUAACUGCUAAUUUUGACUUCUACUGCCGUCCUGCACUUGUGUCUUGGUUUCUGCGAUUGCCUUACUUCGCUUUCUUGUGUUGAGAGGCCACUAAUAAUCAGGGUAAUGUGUGUACAGUACUUUGUGAUUGUGUUAGCCGCGAGAUUGUGUUUUUUUUAUCUAAACGGUUACCCCAAGUCAUUUCUAAAUUUAGUUUUUAAAGUAAGCCCUGGCACUUAAAACACUAUGUCAUUAUAAUUUGUCAAUGAUUUUUUUUUUUUAAAUAAAUAAAUAAAUAAUAAACACAAUGAGUGCACUUUACAAAAACUAGCAGUGUAAUUCAGUAUGACUGGUGCAGUGACGUAGUGUCUGCGCUCCUGCCUGGCUUUCAUUGCUCUCUCUCGAUUGUUGCAUAUUCAUGACAUUUCUUUCAGUGUGUUUAUUUUUGUGAUCCCUGUUCUCUUGAAUCAGGAUGCAGAUUUGGAGAAGGAACCCUCUUCCUGUCAGUUUAUCCAGUUGAAUGCUUGUUUUCCAUGGGCCUGUAAUCUACCCAGUCUAGAUACCCAUUGAAAUGUGUGUCUGCAAGGCCAUGCUAUGUUAAAGAAGCCCCAAUUCUGUCUGAAAAUAUGAUGCUAUUGUAUUGCCUGGACAGACUGCACAAAAUGUAGAUAAUUGAUGCUGUUAAAAAAAAAAAAAAACAUAAAAUCAUUCUGUAUCAAUUAGAUAGGGGAAAAAUUAUUUCCUUAUUACAUGGUGUGCUUAUUAUUUUUUAAUUGUGUGUGUGUGUGUUAUAUAUAACACCAGUUAGAGCAAAGAGAUACUCAGCUGUGGGGGCUUUCUUUUGAACCGUGUGUUUUGUGUUUUUUACUUUUUAUACCAUAUACUUCUCUUUAACAGAUGCUGUGUUUUUUUUUUUCUUCAUGGGAGCUAAAAAGUAAAUUAAAAACCCUGAAGGAC